CUCUCCACUGAACUCCAACCCCCGCGCUCUCUAUCAGCAUCUCAUUCCUGUCUCAAUAUGUCUCAAGAUGGCGGCCAAUGCAGGAUCGAUGUUUCAAUAUUGGAAGCGCUUUGACUUACAACAACUACAGAAAGAACUAGACGCCACCGCCACACAGCUUGCCAACAGACAGGACGAGAGCGAACAGUCCCGGAAGAAACUAAUCGACCUGAGCCGCGAGUUCAAGAAGAGCACACCAGAGGAUUUUCGGAAACAGGUUGCCCCAUUGCUCAAGAGCUUCCAAGGAGAGAUCGAUGCAUUGAGUAAGAGAAGUAAAGAAGCAGAGGCCGCUUUCUUGAACGUGUACAAGAAAAUAAUAGAUGUACCAGAUCCUGUACCUGUGCUGGAGCUGGCUCAGCAGCUGCAGCUGAAGCUCCAGAGGAUGCACGACAUUGAGACAGAGAACACCAAACUUCGAGAGACACUGGAGGACUACAACAAAGAGUUUGCAGAGGUCAAAAACCAAGAGGUGACCAUAAAGGCCUUGAAGGAGAAAAUCCGCGAGUACGAGCAGACUCUGAAGAAUCAAGCUGAGAACCUGGCUCAAGAAAAGCAGCUCCAGCUACACAACGACUAUGCAGAGAAAGAGAGGAAACUCCAGGAGAGCCAGGACUCCAUGUCCUCAAGGUUGGAGGAGGCUGAACACAAGGCCCAGUCCCUACAGACAGCACUUGAAACAACUCAGGCCGAGCUCUUUGAUUUGAAGACAAAGUACGACGAAGAAUCUACAGCAAAGGCCGAUGAGAUUGAGAUGGUGAUGACUGACCUCGAAAGGGCAAAUCAGCGGGCAGAAGCAGCUCAGAGGGAGACGGAUUCGCUGAGAGAGCAGCUGUCCUCAAGCAGCCAAUCACAGCCGCUCAGCAGCCCUGCCAAGGCCGACCCCGACACGGAACAGGAUUCAGAGGGGGCAUCCCACUCAAAUCUGGAGGCGGAGCUCAGGGCCAAAGAAAGGGAGACCGCCCAGCUGGUGGAGGACGUCCAGAGACUGCAGGCCAGCCUUACCAAACUCCGAGAGACCACCAGCUCUCAGAUCACCCAGCUGGAGCAGCAGCUUAGCACCAAGACUGCCACUCUCAAGGAACUGGAGGAGAAACUGCAGAAUCAAGCCGACUACGAGGAGGUGAAGAAGGAGUUGAGUAUCCUCAAGUCUAUGGAAUUUGGCACAUCUGAAUCUGUGCAGGACUCUUCCAAACCUCUGGAGGUGCUGCUGCUGGAGAGGAACCGCAGUCUUCAAUCUGAGAGCGCCGCUCUGCGCAUCGCCAACACCGAGCUCAGCGGGUCAGCCAGGCGAAAAGGGACAGAGGAAUCUGAACUGAAGGAGGAGACCAUGCCCAGCGACCCCUCUUCCUCGCCCCCUCCUCCUCCCCCCUCUCUCCCUUCCUCCUCCCAGCUCCCUCUGUCUCGCUCUCACACGGAUCCCCACAACACUGCCACCACCACCAGCAGUGAAAUGCACCCUUUCACUCCUACGGGCAUUGGCCAGGACUUCUACUCCCCUGUGUUCCCUCUUGUGGGGGGUAAGAUGGCUUUGAACUCUCUGAUACAGCGGCAGCUGCUCCAGACCUUCUACUCCAAAGCAUUGCAGGAGUCAUCUGGAAUCCCCAGUGGGGCUCUACUGUUCACCCCAUUCACCCCCACCCUCAGCUCCAUCCCUACCUCCACACCUGGCUCUGGGUCUGCUGCCAUCCCUCUGGCAGCCAGCAGCCCCCAGCCACCCCCAGCCAGCCCAGACAUGGCUCCUGUUAACGGGAGCAGCACGGCUGGCAGCGCCCCAUCCCCGUCACCCAGCCACUCCGACGCCACCACGGGAAGUAUUCUGGACGGGGAGGAUAUGGACACAGCAGAGAUUGCCCGGCAGGUGAAGGAGCAGCUGAUCAAGCACAACAUUGGUCAGCGUGUGUUUGGCCACUACGUGCUUGGACUCUCCCAGGGUUCAGUCAGUGAGAUCCUGGCCAGACCAAAGCCGUGGAACAAGCUAACCAUCCGGGGGAAGGAGCCCUUCCACAAGAUGAGGCAGUUCCUCGCCGAUGAGCAGAACAUCCUCGCUCUGCGCAGCAUCCAGGGACGGCAGCGAGAGGGCUCAGGCCAGCCCCAGCUUAGCCGAGUGUUUCAGGAUGCCCCGAAGCGGAGAGCCCUCUCCAAUACAGCUUCGCACACAGGUAACAUUACAGCCCGUGUCCGUACCCCAGAGGCGGGUUCAGAUGAGGCAAUCAAGUCCAUCUUAGAGCAGGCCAAGAGAGAGCUGCAGGUGCAGAAAGCUGACUUGUCGCAUGCCCAGCCUUCAUACACAGGACUGAAAGGAGGGGGUGGAGGCGGGAUAGGAGGCGGAGGGGGCAGUGGGUCAGAUGAGGCCAUCCGCUCUAUCCUAGAGCAAGCCCGCAGAGAGAUGGAGGCCCAACAGGCUGCACUGGAGCCCAUACUCAAAGCCUCGUCUUCCUCUUCAUCGCUAUCUCAAAGAGACCUCCUUACCUCCUCACUCACCGCUCCUCUCCCCCCUUACAACCCGCUGGCACUCUCCCUCAAGAAGCCGCACAGCUCCCUCUUAUCCUCGCCCUCUUCCCCGUCUCCCAUCCUGGACUUCAGCUCCAGUGUGAAGCGUGAAGGCCGGGGCUCUUCAGGGAUCGACAUGUCUACUGACGGCGCUCUCAGGCUGGGUCGGAGCUCCGAGGGGUCAGCCCGCUCCAUGAGCUCUGGAGGGGUUGGCUACUGGAGGGAGCAGUGGUGGAGUAACAUGCACACAGACCCCCGCAGGGCUAUAGGCAGCCAGACAGGAGAGGAUAACCACAACCAGGAGGACUCCAAAGAGGGAAUAUUGAGUGACAGUCUGUCUCGACACAAACCGUGGAACAAGUUGAACCAGAGGAGCCGAGAGCCGUACCUCCGCAUGCAGCCGUGGCUCAAUGGAGACCAGGGGCAAAAUGCACACAUCCAGCAAGCUCCCAACCAAGCAGAGGGUACACCUAAGACAUCAGCGAGCUGCAGCCCCGCUCCAGAGUCGCCCCUCAGUUCAGCCGAGGAGUCUGUCAACGGUCUAACAGGGGAUCCACUCGCUUCACAGUCGUCUGGCCUCAAACCUCUGUCUGAGGAUCCCUCAGGUGGGGAGUCUCAGCCUGGCACCCCGCUGCCCCUGCCUGGUCAUUCGGGUCUCAGCAUCCAGGAAAUGGUUGCAAUGUCACCUGAGCUUGAUACUUACGCCAUCACUAAGAAGGUUAAGGAGGUGCUGACUGAUAACAAUCUUGGCCAGCGUCUGUUUGGGGAGACUAUCCUGGGUCUGACUCAGGGUUCUGUCUCAGACCUGCUGGCCAGGCCCAAACCCUGGCACAAGCUCAGCCUGAAGGGCAGGGAGCCCUUCGUUCGCAUGCAGCUCUGGCUUCAGGACCCACACAGUGUGGAGAAACUCAUGGACAUGAAACGCCUGGAGAAGAAAGCUUACAUGAAGAGGCGGCUCAGCUCCCUGAGUGACAGCCAUUCUGUGGACACUGGAUUAGUGGGGCAAGACUACAUGCAAGGCUCCCAGAGCCCGGGACAGCAGCACCUGAAGAAACCCAGGGUGGUGCUGGGCCCUGAAGAGAAGGAGGCCCUGAAGAGGGCCUACCAGCAGAAGCCCUACCCCUCCCCCAAAACCAUUGAGGAGCUGGCCUCCCAGCUCAACCUGAAGACCAGUACUGUCAUCAACUGGUUCCAUAAUUACAGGUCACGUAUCCGGCGAGAGCUCUUUAUAGAGGAGAUCCAGGCAGCUGGAGGGAUGGGGCCAGGCAGUGAUGGGGGUUCCCCUUCACUCCGAGGUUCCAAAUCAGGAGAGGGGGACAGCUGCGAUGGGACAGAAUCUGAAGGCACAGCGGAGACACGGCAUGGACUGGGCAUGGGCCUGGAGGAUCACAGAGGAGAAUGCAAAGACCCCGACAUGGAGGCUGACUCUGAGGCAGGGGGCUCUAAUAACUCCCCUGCCCAACUAGACUGCACCACCUCAGGCUUAGCCGGGCCAGGCUCCAGCUGUGGACAGGGUGGACUGGGUCUCUUCAGCCUCACAGAGGCGUCCUCAAGUAGCUCUGCCUCUAGUACAAACAUCCCAGCCUCUGGCCCUGCCAGAAACCCCAGGGACAACAAUUUGCGCAAGAAGAAAGCAGCCAAUCUGAAUAACAUCAUCCACAGGCUGGAGAAGGCUGCCAGCAAAGAGGAUCCCUCAGAGUGGGAGUUCUAGCUCCCCCUGACCAUCCCUUGUCCCUUUUGUCUCAUAACCUCACGACCUCGAACCUUGGACCCCUCCUGCUCUGUUCCAGUUGGAGAGUGGACACAGCCAAAGUCAAGCUCAGCAGCCAUUUUUAUAGAAGCUUUCCCAAAAGAGGAAAGAAACAGAGUGGUUGGCAAAACCAUUAAAAAGAAGAUUUACUGAAUACCUAGAAGAACAAAAUAAGAGAACCUAUGUGUCUCUCCUUUUUUUUUUAAACUGAGUUUUGUUUUUGUACUGAGAAAAGCACUUAGCCGUCCUGCUGGCCUCUGGCCCUGCUGUACCUCCCCCCUAUCACCAGCCACUGGUGCACCAGACUGGUUAGUCCUGAGCUGGGGUCUGACCCACAGCUAGGGUUGAAACCUGGACUCCGAACACAGGCAAGGCCUGACACAGCAGCUGUCACAGUGAUAGACACUGAUAGAUGAUAGAUAGAGACAGGAACUCUCUUACAAGAACUCUCACUUUCUUAAAGGAGAUUUUUUCCGCUCUUCUUCUCACCUCCCAAGUGUCCACAAACCUCCCCUCACUCAGUGAGACGCCUCAUUUUUCACACUGUAGAGUGACUGUUACAAACCCUUUGCCUUUUUCACUCACUGCGUGUGUGUGUGUGUGUGUGUUUGUGUGUUAGGGGUUGUGUCAGUGUGCACCUGUCUGUGUGUAUACACACCCAAAAAUGGUGUGUGUGCGUGUGUGUGCGUGUGUUCUCUCGUCAAUGGCAGCACGUUUUCUUUUUUAUCUCACUCCUACACUCUCAGAGGGUAGUGUUUGCCCUGCCGGCUCAGCUGCCAUAGUUACUGAUGUAAGAAAGAUGAACUUUGACCUGUUGUGUCCCAUAUCCUAUCCUGCUGACAGCCAUGUGAUGGCCAGAAGGAUCUCUUAAUUCCUUACAAACACACGCACUCAUCUGAAGAGGAAGGACAGAAGGAAGGAACCCUCUUUUCGUCUCCUUAAACCCUUCUUUAAGGAUGAAGGAUGAUCUCUUUUUUUUCAUAUUGCAAUUUGGUUGCCAAUAAGAGAUUGCACAGUCUAUUGACUCUAAAGAGUACAAAAUAGGGAAUUUUAGGAAUCAUUUGUAAUUAGUACAAAAUAAGAGCAGAAAAUAAGAGAAUAACAAGUUACUGUUUAAAAAAAAUUAGAAAGGAAAAAUGUUGCAUUUUUGAAAUACGAUACGAUGAAUUCACGUAGUACUGUAGCUGUCUGACAUGGUGAUACUUUACGUGUCUCUUGUUGUUUUUAGGUUGUGAACGUCACAGCUUUUCACCCAGCACUGGACCUGCUGGGUGUGUGUGUGUGUGUGUGUGUGUGUGGGAGUCUGUGUGUCUGCACCACCAACAAAAUUUUCUCUGUUGACAAACACGUCUUUUUAUAAGACAAAUCAGGAAGAGUGUGUGAGUGUGAGUGUGUGUGUGUUUUGUGUGCAUUUGUAUUUGCCUGCAUGUAAGCCAGGGUCGAGGUCAAUUCACUCAAAUUUAAGUAGCAGAUUAUCAAUAAUGAAAUGUCUGACUGAAGAAGUAGGUUUAAAUGAAUGAAUUGCAAUGUACAGAUCGUGUUCAUCUGUACUCUCUGUCUGUUGCCGUCAAAGUGAAUUCACCCCCACCCUGAUGUGAGUAGUUAAACUCUCCUCCAGUCUCUCCUGUAUCCAGGGAUGUAAGUCUUUUUGCAUUGAAUUCUACUGUAUACACUACAAAUUCUAAGGCAUAUCACCUCCUCCCUGUCCCACACAAGCCCUCAGUGCCUGUCAGCCUACUGCCUCCCCUCUGUGUGUGUGUGUGUGUGUGUGUGUGUGUGUGUGUGUGUGUGUUAGCGUGGGUGCAUGUACACACACGCCUGUCAAUACAUGCGUGUGCACAAUGUGUGUGUGUGACUGAGGAGUGUUCAGUGUUUCCAAUGAGUGGGGUCAUAUUUCGUAUCUACUUGCACACACUACUAGUGCACAACUGACACCCUUCUUUAAGCUGUUUGAUGCGUUACCAUUUCAUUAAUCUUCUCACAAAGUAGUGUAAUACUAUGAUUUACUGUAGCUUGGUUUUAUUGCUAUUUUGCAUUUAUAGUUUGGUUUUUAUUCUGCUUAUUUAUAGGUGCUGUAUUUUUCAUUUAAUGUCUUAUCAUUUGAGUUGUCUAUUUUUUAAGGGAUUAUACUGUUCCUGAGGGCAAGUAACAUUUUUAUUAGACGUAUAGACUGCCGGCAGUAUUGGUUAAUAUUUACAAAGAUGUACUAGUUCUCAUUUGUUUGUAUAUUCAUGAAUCCUAAAGUUUAGUGUCAUUUCAAUAGCUUUGAAAAAUGUGUUUUGCUACAGUUCAUGCUCCCGUAAGCAUUAAGCUUUCACCACAACAGUUAUGCUCUUGAAUUGCUAGCUAGAGAAUCAAAAGGACAUAUCAAAAUCAGUGAAUAUAUUAUAGCAUAUCUUUUCUCCUGUUUUCUAUUCUCCAAUAAUGUUUUUUAUUUUUUGUCUCGGGCAAGCCCAACACUAACGCUCGACAGGGCAUGCAGCUUUUCUUUAAGGUAUAGUUCGCCCACUCGUUAUGAAUCACGUCAUCAACAGGUCCAAGUGUGUACUCUUCGUCAAACAGGUCAAAUGAAAUUACCUAAACAUGAGAUCACAUGUUAACUUGAAAGAGGUCAUAUCUGCCAAAUUGAGAUUAGAGAAGUGUACCAGCGAGCAGGAGUGCUACGCCACAUUGAACAGAUAGCCAGCCUAUGAUUAUGCAGAAUUUCUAUUGCAGUCCAUAACAAAGCACUUAUUAGGAUCGUUUUAAAGACGUACCUGGGACAGGGUCUGGAAACACUACAAGAGAGUACCAUCCCAAGAUUCUGGGAAAUGUAUGCCUUUUAAUUAAAAAAAACAAACAAACAAGUGGUUGUGAACCAAGCACAGACUCCUAUUCGCAUCCUAACACUAAAAGUCAAACAUAAGAUAGCUGAAUCCAUGUCCUGCAUUGUAAACUGUAUUCUAAUACAGCAGCCCCGUAAUUCCUACUGCAGAUUACUGUGUGACAAAACAGUCCAUUGUCUUGUACAGCUGUAGAUAUUCUGAGUUAACAGCCGUUUUGGUUUCUUUUCAAAACCUCCGCAGUUGAUCCUUCAGCCUGCCCUUCCCCUUAUUGGUCAUGUAGAUAUAUCGGCAGCCUGUCAGACAAACUGAUAACCCCAUUGCACUGCGUUAAGAUGCAUUAGGUAAAAUUGGAUUUUCUAAUGGAUCUAAUAAUUGUAAAAUUCUACAAACAUUGGCUCUUCCUGUGGACGACUGAUGUGAAACAUCUGUCUUCUGCAAACACUGAGGGCUUCUUGCCUUGUGUCGGACUGCUCGGACUGGACAACCACAGUGUGUUUCAUGGUGAUGAAUAGCUACUGUAAAGUAUAAGCACUUAACCCAUUACCCGUUUUAUAGCCAGAUCCAUCAGCUCACCCGAACCAUGUGAGAUCAUCAGAUUUGUGCCUUUAACUGCCAAGCAGGGCACCAAACUAGUGAUGUCAUUAGAUGUCGAUGUUUUCACCUGAUUCGGUCAUAAUAUAUAUCCCACUCCUUGAUCCAAAUCCAUUUCUCAUUCUCUUAAUUUUGGUACUUUGAAGUCUCAGCUCUCCGGAGAGGGUUGUGUAUAAUUGCUGGAGUGUGGUGAAGCGUAAAAAAAAAAAAAAAGGAACUUAAAGAAGAAAAAGUGAACUUGUGUAUUCUCAUGACUGACCUGUAGACAUAUUUUUCUGUCCGGGUCUUUUUUUUUUCCCCCAGACAGUUGUUUUCCCACAAUGCAUUUCUUCCAUUGUACAUAAUCUAACUAGCAGCAAACGGCCAGAGCAUUGAAUGAAGGAGGAAGCAUGCAGAAACAGCGUACACUGUAAUAACACUGAAUUUAUUCAUAGGGCAUUUUGUAUUUUUCUGUUUGUGUCAGGUUUGCUGUGACAUUAAUAAGUGGCACUACAGGUAUUGAUAAUGAUGUGUGCCAAUUGGAAUGGUUAUUUGGGAAAAGAGACGUGUAAAUACAGUCGAUCAAGUAGCUAUUGAGUCACUAUUGUCACAGUAUGCUUUUGUUUUGAAGGCAGGAGGAGAGAAGGGACGAUUCAGGACUUUUCCAUGAUCCACAGAUAUUUUUCUACAAAUUUAAAUCAGAUGAUUCUAUACACUGUUGAAUAACAUUGUAAAGGUGUAACAGAUGCUGUAUAUCAUAUCAUGUUUCUGAAGUUGUAAAGCUUUACUGUAUGAUCUGUUGAAGUACUGGUUGUUCAUUUGACAUAUUAGUUGUAAUGGAAGCCCGAACAGCAGCACUGGUCACCAUAUUCAGGAAAAAAAAAAAGAAAAAAAGAGAGAAAAACCUCAGAUGUUUUUGUAAUACUUUUAGAAUAUAUCUUAUGAAGUGGGUUUUUGUACGGAAACACUUUCCGAAUCAGUGGUGCUGUAUGCAUAGCACACUCAGUAAUACAUACACACAUUAUACAGCACAAUACACUCAUCCUCUAAACCCCCCCCAUCCCCCCUCUCACUUUGACCUGCGUGCUUUUUUGUGUGUUUUUCGCUCACCUCACAUUGGCUCCAGCUAAUUUUUGAGUCUUAAACCAUGUCCUCUUCAUGCUUCACCAUACUAUUUAAACUCCCAGAGACGAACUCUGGAUCAAUAAAACAUUUCAGCGAACGCUCGCAAGACUUAAAAAAAAAAGAAAAGAAAAAAAAAGAAGAAAAAAAAAAAAGAGGAAGCAAAAAGCCAAAUAGUGAAAUAGUUCUCCACCUCUGUCGAAAGGUUGCUGACAGUUUCUCUGAAUGUUGCUACCUUGUGUCGUCGCUUCAGUUCACCCAUAGCUUAAACCACAGUGUAGUCUGACAACCAAAUGACCCCGGGGGGAGAGAUCCAACCCCCCCCCCACCCCCCUACACACCUCCCCCUUAUGGAAAGCUUUAAGAUGCUUGUUGAGGCUUUAGCGAGUACAGAGUGAUUUAGACGAUUUUUUUUUUCCCAACCUGUCAUCAAGAACGUGGAAGUAAUAAUUUUCAUAACUUAUCCCACUGCUUUUCUUUUUUAUAUGUGAGUGUGUGUGUGUGCGUGUCCAUGUGUGUUGUAGUACAAAAGGCUGCAUGACUGUAAAGGGAUGGUUAAGAUGUUGUUUUUCUUUCUCAAAAGAUGUUUCCCUCGCACUUCUGUCACUCCUGAGAUGCUUUUUUUUCUCCUUUCGGGGUGUCCCUCCCCCUUUUGUUUCCUUAUGUAUCAUCGUUUCUUUAUCUUUCUAUUUACUAAACGUAUCAUGUUGUUCGUUCUCAGCACUGUAAAACAGUCCCUUCUACAACAUUGAAAAGCAAUAUCACUGUAUGAAACGUUCACAAUGUAUUUGUUAUGAUUGACAUUUGAUUCAUCAUCAUUAUUAUUCACAUGCACCCUAGGUGUGAUAAUUGAAGUAAAUCUCUUUUAUACAAAUACUAAAA